AUGUUUCGGCGAGCUUCUGUUCUCCUCUCCCUCCGACCUUCCGAGGCCUACCGGCAGCUUGUCUUGCGGGGCGACCUCUCAAACGAUCAAAAUCAAAUUAGUGCUCUGCCUGUGUUUGACCGUCUUUACGAUGAUUUGGUGAAGUACACGAAGGAGAGUAAGCGCAUCGCUGUUCCGAAGCGGCAAGUGGAGCUUCGCCCUCCCAAUCGUCUAGGAAUUAUCCCAUCUUUUUUUCUUCGCCGUGAGCAGGAGAAAAAGGUGGAGCAAGCCCUUAGCGAUGAUAACAAGGCGGUGUACCAUCCCCUGUCGCACGUGAAGGGGCUGUAUGUGUGGGGUGGGGUGGGAUGCGGCAAAACCAUGCUCAUGGACCUGCUGUACGAUAAUGCGCCUCCCGAGAUCCGCAAACGGCGCCUUCACUUUCACCAGUUCAUGCUGGAUAUGCAGAAGACGUCAAAUUCGAUCCGCUACAAGUCGAAGGAAGAGAUGCAGGAUCCUGCAAACCGGACAAACAUGGUGCGCUACAACACCAGUGACAAUCGCCGUCGAACCCCGGAUGCCGAGAUCAAUCUGUUCGACGAGGUGGCGCAGCGGAUGAUCAGCGAUGUUGAGCUUCUUUGCUUCGACGAGGUGGCCGUCUCUGAUGUGGCACACGCCAUGAUUCUCAAGCGUCUCUUCCAUUCAUUCUACAAGAUCGGACUUGUUGUCAUCUUCACUUCAAACCGCCCCCUUGAGGACUUGUACAAGGAUGGCCUGAACCGUGGUGGGUUCAUUCCUUUCAUCGAUCUGGUGAAGAAGCAGUGCAUCAUUCAUCACAUGAAGAGCAACGUCGACCAUCGGUUACUCGGCCACCAGGCGGACACCUACCUCACUCCAAUGAACAGUGAGAACACCUCCAAGUUCGAAAAGCUGUUUCUUGAGAUGUGCAAGGCGAUGCCUGCGACGGAGCGGAAGCUUGAGGUGUUUGGGCGCGACGUCAUUGUGCCGCGGGCAUGUGGAGGUGUGUGCUACUUCCACUUCUUUGAGCUCUGCGGCGGUGAAAAGUCUACGGCAGACUACGAGGUAAUUGCCAGGACGUUUCACACAAUCUUCAUCAAUGGUGUGCCCCAGUUUCCGUACGAGAACAGCGAUGUGAAGAGCCGGUUUCUACUGCUCAUCGAUACGCUGUACGGGCAUAGGUGCAAGGUAAUGAUUCACGCUGCGGUUGAACCGCCGCAGCUGCAAGCUCCGAAAGGAGAGGGCGCGGGCAGAAUAGAAGGCGGUGCUCAACGGUUCGAUCAGCUUUCCGAGUUCGAGCGCGAAAGUGGUAAUAAGUUAGUGGAUGCGGAUGAUAGCGCGUUCCAAAUGGACCGGUGUGUGUCGCGUCUGUUCGAGAUGCGCACAAAGGAGUACCUUGAGAUCCCUCAUGAGCCACAGGAUGUGGAUUUAUCCACGCGAUGA